AGUACGUUUCUGAAAUUAAUUAAACUCACCAAAUUCUCGUGUUAUUAAUUUCGUAAAGAGUCCUAGGGUUUUCCGUUUGAGUUUAAUUUUUUUUUUUAUAAGCAAAAGUAAACAUCAGAAACAGCGUCGAUGUAAAUUUUUUUUACAUAUAUAAUGAAUCAUGUAUUUUUAAAUAUCAUACAUGAUGUGUUGGUAUAUUAUAUGUGUAAAAUAACUUUACAUUAACUGUGAAUAUAAAUUAAAUUGUUUAGGUUUUGUCAGAUAAACAGAAACAGCCUUAUUAUAAAUAACAAACAAAAAGAUUUUUCUGUCAAAAAAAAAAUAACAACAAAAACUAUAUAAAAGCAUUUGAUCGAUCGAUUUAAUCGCUGAUUGUUUCAUUGAAAUUGAAAAAUUGAAAAAGAAAAUUAGUGUUUAAGAAAAAUGGGAGGGUGUUUCUCAGAUAUGAAAGGUGCGAAACAAGCAGUGGGAGGUGCUCUUCCUCAAACUGCACCGAACAACAAUGACGCCGUCGAUUUCUUCUAUACUGCUCAAGGUUUUCAGCCAUUGUUCACGCAAGUUGAGCUAUCUCUUUCAGCAUGUAACUUGCUUGAUCUGGACAUUACAUCAAAGAGUGAUCCUAUGGUAGUGAUGUAUGCAAAGAAAGGAGAUGGGAAAUUGGAAGAAUUGGGACGUACUGAAGUCGUAAUGAAUAGUUUGAAUCCAGAAUGGAUAGAGAAAAUUAGUAUUGCAUUUCAUUUUGAGAUGGUGCAACCACUUGUAUUUCGUGUGUACGACAUUGACACAGCAUAUCAUGGUGACCCCAAGUCACUUAAACUGAAUGAUCAAGAAUUCCUUGGAGAGGCAAGUUGCACUUUAUCAGAGAUUGUGACCAAACCAAGCCGGAGCUUAACCUUAAAACUUCAAAACAAAAGAGGGAAUAGUGGUCAAAGAAAUCAAGGGGCAAUUACCAUUCAUGCUGAGGAGACGGUUGCUGCAAGGAGUGCUGCUGAGAUUAUCUUCCGUUGUUCUCACUUGGAUAACAAAGACAAAUUUUCUAAAAGUGAUCCUUUUCUAAGGAUAUCAAGAAUAGUUGAAAGUGGAGGUUCUGUUCCUAUUUGCAAGACUGAAGUUAUAGACAACAACUUAAAUCCAAAAUGGAAACCAGUUUGUCUUAAUUUCCAGCAAUUUGGAAGUAAAGAAAAUCCAUUAGUUAUUGAGUGUUUUGAUUUCAAUAGCAGCGGCAAUCAUGUACUUAUCGGUAAACUGCAGAAAUCAGUAGCAGACCUUGAAAAGCUAUACCAUGAGAGAGCAGGCGCCAAUUUUGUCAUGCCAUCCACACACCACGGACAACAGAAGGUUUUGAAGGGUCAACUCUUUGUGGAUCAAUAUUGUGAAAAGGAACAAUUCAGCUUUAUUGACUACAUAUCUAGUGGAUUUGAACUAAACUUCAUGGUUGCAGUAGAUUUCACCGCUUCAAAUGGAAGUCCUCAACAGCCAGAUUCUUUGCAUUAUAUCGAUGCAUGCGGCCGGUUAAAUUCAUAUCAAAAGGCUAUAAUGGAGGUUGGAGAAGUUAUUCAGUUCUAUGAUUCUGAUAAGCAGUUUCCUGCUUGGGGUUUUGGGGGAAAGAUACCUGGUGGAACUGUAUCUCACUGUUUUAAUCUGAAUGGAAGUCCAACUAGCUCUGAGGUGGAAGGAGUUGGAGGCAUAAUGGAUGCUUAUGCUAGUGCUGUACGCAAUGUCAACCUAUCAGGACCCACUUUAUUUGGCCCAGUUAUCAACACGGCUGCAAAAAUGGCUGCUGAGUCCCUUGCAUCAUAUAACAGCACUAAGUACUUUGUGUUGCUUAUCAUAACGGAUGGAGUUGUUACUGAUCUUCAAGAAACCAUAAAUGCUUUGGUUAAAGCAUCUGAUCUUCCCUUAUCGAUACUUAUAGUUGGUGUUGGAAGUGCUGAUUUCACAAGCAUGGAGGUAUUGGAUGCUGAUAAUGGACGUCGCUUAGAAAGUUCUACUGGCCGUAUAGCUACACGAGAUAUAGUGCAGUUUGUCCCCAUGAGAGAAGUACAAAGCGGACAAAUCUCUGUUGUGCAAGCUCUUUUGGAGGAACUACCUAAUCAGUUUUUGACUUUCAUGCGAAGUAGAGAUAUCAAACCACUCACUUCCCGUUUCCCUAAUGCACCCUCUAUUCAAUAGAUUUUACAAUUAGAGACCCCAAGCUUAUAUCUCUCUAUAGAUAGUUGAUGCACAAAACUCCGUUGAUUUUAAGUGGUACUUUUUUUUUGUUGGGUGCAGAUGGAAUUUUAGGUCUCACAAUAUAUUUGGCAUUUUUCAUUUAAAUGAACUGUGAAUAGAGGCAUGAAUCUCCAA